GGAUACACAAUGAUGGAUAUAUUUCUUCGAGAAAUUCGUCAAGUGGUUGAUGGUGAAUUACUCAUAAUAAGAUUGGGAACUUGUGAUUCGAUAGGAAAUCCAAACAUUGGAGAUGUAAUAGUACCGAGUGGAGCAUUCUCCGUUACUAGAAAUUAUGAUUAUUUCAUACGUGGAGUGGAUACAGUAGAUUGUUUACCUAUUGUAGAUAAUCCAUAUAACAUUUCAAAAGUGGCUUAUGGAGAUGAAGAAUUAUGUCGAGUGUUGGAAAUAGAAUUGACUCAUGCUCUUUAUCCAUCACCAAUUUACACUUGCUUGAAUGC